GAAAUCGAGAUCCAAGAAAAUAAAAGACAAUUCCACGAAUCUUCCGAGAAUUCGUCUGCAACAGUAAAGGAACGUAGGGAAUUUGUAUCAGUAGGUUCCGGACUGCCUUCUAAAAUUAUAUUAUUGGUUGAAAAUGAGGCCACUGAAACUGGAAAAACUGGGAAAGGGGAAGAACGACAGGGCGGUGGUGACAGUGGUGUCACGAAUAAGAAUACAAAAGGUGAAGCUAAAGGGCAUAAGGCCGGAGACGUACCAUUUUCAUCUGGACCUCAACCGCGAACACAAAAUUGUAGUGCCAUUUUGUUUCAACCGGGGCAACAGCCGCUGCCAGGUUCAUCAGCACAACAGCCCUUGGGUGCACAAAUGGAGCAACCACAGCUCACCCAACUUUUGGGACAAUUACAAUCCGUGCCACCCGCAGGAACUAUUCAAAAUUUGACAUCCGAACAAAAUAUGGUUGCAACCGUCCAACAACAAUUCCCGGAAAUCGUGCACGAAAGUACAGGUCAAAAUCAACAAUUCGGCGGUGUUCAAGACCCCAGUCAAUUGACGUCUGAAGUACAGGCAAGUCAGGUCGUGCAAACACAAGGUCAAUUGACACCCGCGGUGGGUCAACAACAACCAUAUGUUCCACAAGUCGGGAUGCAACCCAAUAUUUCGUUGAUCUCUUCGGUUGCUAUCCCUGUAACCGGCGUGGUUCCAAUUAGCAACGUUCCUGCUAACGAAAUUUCCUCUGAGACGUCCUCGAAAUAUUUCAAUACAAGAUCUCAGGCCGCCAAAGUAAGAACCUCUCGUCUUAACGAGGAAGUCACACCACAUUCGCCCACAGAAAACGAGGAGGGCGCGAGUGUCACGAUACAGACGUCGACCGAGACGGUCACCAAAAAUUUGUCGUCAAAGAAAAUCAUCAGGACGAAUGCUUCUGUCAUUCACAAACCUCCCUCUAGCUGGGAAGAUGUGUAUCAAAGUAUUAGGGAGUAUCGAAAAACUUUAAUCGCACCUGUGGACGUGAUGGGUUGCGAAAGGCUGGCAGAGGAGCCUAGCGAACAGAUCACGCCACAGACAUCUAGAUUCCAGUCAUUGAUAGCGCUGAUGCUCUCUUCGCAAACCAAAGAUCAAGUUACCGCCGCAGCAAUCCAUGAUCUUCGUCAAAAACUGCCGGGCGGGUUAACCCUAAAAAGCGUAUUGCAGGUCGACGAGGAUUUUUUGGAUCAGUGCAUUUCAAAGGUUGGAUUUCAUCGUAAAAAGGCGAAGUGA